AGUUUAGUCAGACGUGUCACACACAGCGCAUGGCAAUAGCAAGUGAAGUUACUAAACCUCUAUCACUUCCCCAGCCAAACCCAAGCCGCUGGACACUUUUUAAACCUGCUGCAUCAUGUAGGCUCUGUAAAAGGGGCGGUCCGCUUACGUAAGCACACAAGCCUCCAACCAUUCUGUAGCUCCGCCCCCACUCAGGGAAAUUAGUGUGUGGUAGUUCGGGACAAGUGAGCAUUGAGAGUGAGGCAGUGAGCGCGCUGACAGGAGGGUUGUACUCUACAGCGCUAAUACCUGCCCACCCAGAGAGCGCGCCAAGGCGGCUGAAUAGAGAGAACUGGCAGCUGACAGAAGAACUUAGCGAAGCUAUCUGUAUCUCAUCGGCUUGCGAAACAUCAGCCUCAGCCACACAGUUCCGUACCCACGUGCCGAAGAUGAAGGACGCCGAGUGUAAUGGCACCUCCUCACCCGGGGAUCACCCCGUGCCUCCCGGCCUGCAUCGCCCUGGAGAAUCCUCUCCCUCCCCUGGAUGCGGCCCCCGGUGCUGCCGGUUCCUACGGGGGAAUGUGCUGGUGCUGCUGACGGUGACGGGGGUGAUUUUGGGCGCAGGGCUGGGGAUGGCAGUGAGGCCGCUGAAUAUGUCCAAAGCUCAGAUCGCCUCUUUCUCCUUCCCGGGGGAACUGCUGCUUCGCCUCCUCAAGAUGAUCAUCCUGCCGCUGGUGGUCUGUAGUCUGGUGUCCGGGGCCGCUUCCCUCCAGCCCUCUGCCUUGGGCAAGCUCGGGGGAUGGGCCAUGCUCUUCUUCCUCGUCACCACGCUGCUCGCUUCAGGGCUAGGAGUCUGUCUGGCACUGCUCAUACGGCCGGGGGUGGGAGCCGAGAUGGAAUCGGGAAAAGGAGAUGGAGUCCCAGAGGGCAAGGAGGUGGUGGACUCGUUCCUGGAUCUGGUCCGAAAUAUUUUCCCAUCAAACUUGGUGUCUGCUGCUUUUCAGUCGUAUGCCACGAGUUACAAACUUGAACUUGUAAAUUCCAGUGUACAUGGAGACAUGAACAGCACAUGGGUUAAGGUUCCCUAUGGGCAGGAGGUAGAAGGUAUGAAUAUAUUGGGCUUGGUGGUCUUUGCCAUUGUUUUUGGAAUUGCACUAAGGAAGUUGGGCCCAGAAGGAGAAAUUCUUAUUCGAUUUUUCAACUCCUUCAAUGAAGCUACCAUGGUUCUGGUGACAUGGAUCAUGUGGUAUGCCCCUCUUGGUAUCAUGUUCCUUGUGGCGGGAAAGAUUGUGGAGAUGGAAGAUGUUGUCCAGCUCUUCACCAGUUUGGGGAAGUACAUAUCUUGCUGCAUUGUUGGCCAUAUGAUACAUGGACUGCUGGUUCUCCCACUCAUCUAUUUUGCAUUUACUCGGAAGAACCCAUACCGCUUCCUGUGGGGAAUUGUGAGUGCACUGGCAACAGCAUUUGGAACUUCUUCCAGUUCGGCCACACUUCCAUUAAUGAUGAAAUGUGUAGAGGAAAAGAAUGGUGUUUCCAAACAGAUCAGUCGGUUCAUCCUUCCAAUAGGAGCCACAGUGAAUAUGGAUGGUGCUGCUCUUUUUCAGUGUGUAGCGGCCGUAUUUAUUGCCCAACUUAACAACGUCUCCCUUGACUUCAUUCAAAUCGUUACCAUUCUUGUAACAGCCACAGCUUCCAGUGUGGGAGCAGCUGGUAUUCCUGCAGGGGGCGUUCUGACUCUUGCUAUAAUAUUAGAAGCUGUGGGGCUUCCGACAAAUGACAUUUCACUUAUCCUUGCUGUGGACUGGCUGGUUGACCGCACAUGCACUAUACUAAAUGUAGAAGGUGAUGCCUUUGGUGCCGGGCUUCUGCAGGUAUACAGCGACCGGACAGCUUCAAGUAACGAUGGCGCAGAGCUGGCAGCAGUACAAGUUGAAAUUCCUGGAGACCAUUUUGAAGGUGACCCACUCCUAAAAGCGCAUGCACGAUUAAACAGUGAUGGAGCAAGUGCCAUGGAAAAGGAGUCUACCAUGUGAGGAACUACUGCCUGCUGAAGGAGCAUGUUGGGACAACUGUCAAUUCAGAACCGGAGGACUGAUCCAAUUCUGGGCCUGGGGCUGGACGAACUGUACAGCUCAAGGGCUUUUAUUUUUAUAUAUCAUUUUUUAACUUAGCUAUUUAACUUAUGUUCACUGUUAUCAGAGCAGUUAGGUACUCUUAGUGAAUCAGGCCAGUCCCUUUUUAUUUUUAACUUCUGUUUCAGUCUUAGAACAAGUUUCAAUACCAGAAAGAAUGUACCUACUCAUGUGUGAUUUUUUCUUGUAUUUGCAACAUGAUGUAUAUUGAUGCAAUAACUGAGCUCAGUCUGCCCUGUGGGCAACCUACAGGAGUGAUUAGCAACACUAUGGGACAGAUUUAUUAGAAUUCCAAUUUUCGAAUUUUUUUUUAAGGUCAAAACUCAAAUUCAAAUUGUGAAUAAUCCAAACUAUUUGAAUUUUCAUUUGAAAUUUCGAGAUUUUUUUCAAACCUUGCCCCCUUUAAAAAUUUGAAUUCGACUAUUUGCCACCUAAAACCUACCGAGUUCAUGUAUAAGUCAAUGGGAGAGGUCCAAUGACCAAUUUGAAGAUGUUACUAGCCUUCGUGACAUUCGAGUUCCGGAGAAAAAACUCGAUUCGAGUUUAGUGAAAUUCAAUUUGAAUUUGAUUAGAGUUUUCGGGUCGGUAAUAUUCGUUCGAGUUUUAGAUAUUCCGUUUUUUUUAAAUUAGUUAAACCCCCCCCCUCCAACGAAUCUCAAGUAUAUUUGAGUGUAUUUGAAUUCACAUGAAUUCGAAUUCGACCUUUGAUCAAUUUGCCUCCCAAUGUAA